AUGACAGACUUUCCUCUGACGGUGUCAACGACCGGAGUCUACCACGUUCCGGAGGUAUCAAAAGACUCUGCAGAGCGGACUGCUUCCCUGCUUCGGGCAAAUCAUGCUGCAUUCCACGUGUUCUUCAAUUUCAAGGGCUACCACAAUCACCAAGUCCACUAUCUCCUGACAGCCUACGCGCUGGGAGCCAACCCCGCUCAAUUGCAAACUGCAUUCGACACUAAUAUCAGCUAUCAACGGCCACGAAUUCCUGUUGAUGAAUCGAUAGUGAGAAAACUCUCUAAUGAGAGAUUCUUCAAGUCUUUGGUCGGAAAUGACACCUAUUUCAACGACUAUACCGCCUUCUUUCAAUGCAAAUUUGAAGCGGAAGGCUGGCAGAAGGUCGUCAAUGAUUAUCUCUUCUCUCGAACGGAGCUUGCAGACGACUUAUUGGUACGACUUCAUGCCGGUAUCAUUCAUCCUCUCAUCCAUUUUGGAUUCGGAAUCGAAUUCCAGCAGCCUCCCAUCAUUGCCGAAGCAUUGGCUCAAGCAGUUUGCCACAAUAACUUCUUUGGGCCAUUUCUUCUUCAAGCUGAGCAGCUGGCAAAAGGCCGAACAAAUGAAGAGUGCCCACCAUUGUUGGAUCUUAUGAAAGAAAUCAGGGAAGACCCAUCCCUCUACGACAAGAAUUAUUGGGAUGGCGGCGACAGCUUGCUUGACAAAAUUCUUGCAGAUGCUCCUCAGAGAGUCAUAGAGAUAGCAUCCAAAUGGCGAGUCGACGUGCAAGAUCUCGACUUGAGAACGGCCGAGAUGAUGAAUGUCAACGCAUGGAUGGCGGGCGCCGCGCAGAGGCACGACAAGGAGGUCAAGCUUGACUUCUUCUUCAUCCACUCGGUCAACUGUUCAAUAUUCUUUUCGGCAAUCAAUGCACAGCCAUGGCUAAGUGAUGAAAAUAAAGCUCGAUUGCUCGAAUGGAAGGUGAGGAUGGACAUCCUCCAGUAUGCUUCACGACUGGCUCCUGAGCUUCACAACGAAGAAGUCGUCAAUUACAAGCCACGCGAAAGUGGCAGGUCCUGGGCCUCAAUUAUCGAGACUACCAACAGCAUCACCUAUGACGACGGUCAUAUUUCCAAGUUGGUUCGCGCUUUGGCUCACGGCUCCAAAGUAUGUAAUCCUUACGAAGAGAGACAGGAGUUGUCCGCAAGAUUUCCACUCAAGGCCGCUGGUUGGUUACAAAUUGCGAAUAUGGCAAUUGAUACGACAAAUGCUCCUACGGUACCGGCUCGCUGGGUCCGAGGUGCGGGAGAUGUUAAAAACUGGGAGAGUUUUGGAAGCAGGUUGUGA